AUGAGCGCACGCUACGCCCCAAAAUCUAGGACGCGCAAAACCCUAACUCCAACGAAUCGUGCCACGAUCGUAGCAUUCCUACUAAGCGUUAGGACCGCGCUACAGCCACCAAGAGGCUCCAUCAUAGCUUGCGCGGCCAAGUAUGGCUGUAGUGACGGCCAGAUCUCGCGUUUGUGGCGCAGAGCCGUCCAGGGCAUCAAAGCAGGUAAAGCCAUCAACUACGACAGCGGUAAAGAGGGAAAGAGCGGUCGCAAGUUCCGCAUAACGAAAGCGUUCUGCGAGGACCUCAACAGUUCCAUCAAACUUAUCCCUUUAGAGGAUCGCAUCGAUAUUCGCGCUUUAGUGAGUACUCUAAGUAUUCCAAAAUCGCCCCUAAAUGCCUACAAUCGCGCUGGUGUCUUUCGCAGCCACACGACACGGGUAAAGCAGAUGCUAACAGAGAAGCAGCAUGUCGACCAAGUCAAGUUUGCUUUAGGAUUCGUGCACCGAGGCCCAAGGAACACGCUGUUGUUCGACAGCAUGAUGGACUACGUGCAUUUGGAUGAAAAGUGGCUUUAUCUGCUCAAAGAGAAGCAGCGAUUCUAUCUCGGAGAGCACGAAGCCGUUCCUCAUAUUACUGUGAAAAACAAGAACUUCAUCAUCAAAGUCAUGUUUCUUGUCGCUGUCGCGCGACCACGAUGUGAUGCUAAGCGACACCGUGUCUGGGACGGAAAGUCCUUACAGUACAAAAAGAAAGCCAAAACGAUUGAGGACCUCGUUGACAACGUCGACACAGCCUUCGAACAGCUAGACUACCUACUAUUGACAGAUUUUUCGUCACGAUGCAGUCCGUACUACAAGCUUCGAUGGAUGUAA